UUUCUACAUAUAUUUUUUAGAAUUAAAAAUGCAUAAAAUUCAACAAUUAUUAAAUAUCCAAAUGUAUUUCUUUAGUCUUUUUUUGUUCCUCUUCACUAUAUUACUUUCAAAUGCUUCAGAAUUAACUUUUGAGCUUCCAGACAACGCUGAUCAAUGCUUUUUUGAGGAUUUAAAGAAAGGAAUUGAUAAUGUUUUGGAAUUUCAGGUUGUUACAGGCGGACAAUACGAUGUAGAUGUUGUUUUGGAAGAUCCGAAUGGAAAUGUUCUUUAUAAAGAAAUGAGAAAGCAACUUGAUAGUUAUUCUUAUAAAACAGAUGCUGAUGGGACUUAUAAAGUGUGCUUUUCUAAUGAAUUUUCUACUUUUUCUCACAAGGUUAUCUAUAUGGAUUGGCAAGUUGGUGAACCCGAAUUUAGAGGAAUGCCUGUACCUCGUGUUGGCUCUAGUAUGACACAAAUGGAUAGAAGCGUUGGAACUAUAGCAGAUCGUUUAAGGAUUGUGGACGAUUACCAAACACAUCAUCGUUUACGUGAAGCAACUGGAAGAAAACGGGCAGAGGAUUUGAGUGAACGUGUUACUUAUUGGUCACUUGGUCAAACAGCAGUUAUUGUUCUUAUUGGUGUUGGACAGGUUCUCAUUUUGAGGUCAUUUUUCUCUGACAGAAAAGCCGGUGGUAUUUAG